UACCAGUGUUGCACACAGGAUGGCUUUUGCAUAGGAGCUAAUAGGAUAUGUCGUGGGUACCUCAUACCUUCAAGGCACAUUUGGUAGCUAUAUAAAAGCUCUCCUUCUCUUAGAGCUCACUUGGUCACAUCAUAAAGCUGUUCUCACCAGGGAGCUGGUCCUGCCACAACCUCGCCAAGAUGUUGUGCUACACACAGCAGUGCCUCCCUCCAGUCUACCAGGAACCCAUCCCCAUCAAGUGCCCAACGAUGUACCAUGCCAGAUACUCACCAAUGCCUACCUGGCACUCGACACUGUGCACCCCACAGUAUGCGACCCCCUGCAUCCCCCAGCAGCAGAUUAUGUCCUCCAGCUACUCCCAACAGCAGUGUGUGACCAAGUGUGUGCCACGGCAGCAGUAUGCAACCAAGUGUGUGCUGCAGCAGCAGGGUGUGACCCAGCACAUCCUACAGCAGCCAUGUGUAACUCGCUGUGUGACAACUUGCAUACCGCAGCAGAAGUGUGCGAUCAAGGGUGAGUCACAGCAGUCUUGUGUGACCAAGUGUGUGCCACAGCAGCAGUGUGCAACCAAGAGUGUGCCGCAGCAGUGUGCAACCAAGAGCGUGACCACCUAUGCCUCCCAGCAGAAGUGUGCAACCAAGUGCAUCCCACAGCAACAGUGUCCGACCAGGUGUGUGACCACGUGUGUGCCGCAGCAGCCGUGCCUGACCAAGAGCAUCCCGCAGCAGCAGUGUGCAACCACGUGCGUCCCGCAGAAGUGUGUGACCAUAUACUCCCCACAGCAGCAGUGUGCACCCAGGUGUGUGACCACGUGUGUCCCACAGCAGCGUGCAACCAAGUAUGUCUCACACCAGUUCAUGACUGAUUGUGUUCCUCAGAAGUGUGCCACCACAUACGUCCCACAGCAAUGUGCGACCAGGUGUGUGGCCAAGUGUGUCCCUCAGCAGUGUGCCACAAAGUGUACUACCAUUUGUGUCCCACAGCAGUGUGAGAUGACUUGUGUUUCACAGCAGCAGUGUGUAACCAAGUGUGUCCCACAGCAGCAGUGUGCGACCAAGUGUGUCCCACAGCAGCAGUGUGCCACCAAGUACGUCACACAGCAGCAGUGUGCGACCAAGUGUGUCCCACAGCAGCAGUGUGCCACCAAGUACGUCACACAGCAGCAGUGUGAGACCAAGUGUGUCCCACAGCAGCAGUGUGCCACCAAGUAUGUCACACAGCAGCAGUGUGCGACCAAGUGUGUCCCACAGCAGCAGUGUGCCACCAAGUAUGUCACACAGCAGCAGUGUGCGACCAAGUGUGUCCCACAGCAGCAGUGUGCCACCAAGUAUGUCGCACAGCAGCAGUGUGCGACCAAGUGUGUCCCACAGCAGCAGUGUGCGACCAAGUGUGUCCCACAGCAGCAGUGUGCCACCAAGUGUGUCCCACAGCAGCAGUGUGCCACCAAGUGUGUCCCAGAGCAACGUCAGUCAGGUGGAGUGAAAGUUUCAAGGCACUCUAAGAAGUACUGUUCUGUGUCCAAAUGGCCCUGGUGAAAAGAAGUGGGGAAAAGGAAGCUCCAUGGAAGAAGAGCCAGGUAUAGCUUUGGGGCAGGAGCUAUGUGUCUCCUCGUACUGCCUGCUGACUGUUGCUAUUGCUUAAGUCUGCUUUAUCUCUGUUUUCCAGUAGCUCCCCUGUAGCUCGGCCCUGUCUUGGGCCAGGUUGUGAUACUAUUCCCAUGGCUGUGCUCCAGGUGCCUGUGUUUUGUACCUUAAUCUGCUACAGGCCAUAGUUUAGUGGGAUGCUAUUAAUUUCUCACCUGAUUGAAGUGCAUAGUGAUUUAGGGAAAAAAAAAAAAAAAGAAAAAAAGAAAAAAAGAACAAUAAUUAAAAAAAAAAAAAGACAAAAAAAGAGACGUAACAAUAAUUUAAAAAAAAAAAAAAGAGACAAAAACAAGAGACAUAACAAUAAUUAAAAAAAAAAAAAAAAAAAAAAAGAGAGAGAGAAAAAAAAGAAAUAGAAAUGUCUAAGAAAUCCGGAUCAUGACAGCAUCAACUGGACUGACAGUGAGGCCAGCAGAGGGCUGGCCCAUGCCCGGCUCCAGGUUUAGUCCUGGCCUUGGGAGACAAUAUUUAAGUUAGCAAGGAUUCCAUGAGGCUGCAAGUUCUCCAAAACAGCUGUUUUCUCUCGCAGAUUUGGAAACCAAACAUAAAUUUGCUAAGCAAACGGUAUAUGAAUCUUACUGCGAUGGCCUUCAUUUCAGAAGGGAGCCAGAAACCCCUGCUGCUUUAAAACACUGAAUCUGCGCAGACCUCAGUAGAGUCCCUAUAUAAGACAGGAUUUCUGGCUCAGUGAAGUUGGUCCUUGCUGAAAUUUUAUACAUGAAAGCUUUUAUUCACUUGGUUGCUUUAAGCGAUAUCAAAAACACAACUUGAAACAAAAGAAAGUGUUUGAAAUAACACUGGAAGUUGUAGCACGACUAUUUUACAAACGUUUGAGCUCUAGAAACUAUUAACUAUAUCCUUUAUGCUGCCUGAAUAUGUCUACUCUACACUGUAUUAAAAACAAACCAUAUAUAUAUAUGUAUACUUCAAUUCUACAUAUAUAUAUAUAUAUAUAUAUAUAUAUACAUACCUAAAUAAAUAUAUUUGCCUGACCUCAGAUUAAA